AUGGAGACGCCCAUCCUCCAAGGCCCUCAGCCUGACUGCGAAGCUUAUGCCAGACGACCUCAAUACAGUGAUAUUUCUGUGGUGUGUGGCACAUCUGCAAUCGACUUGGCCAUUCACAUCUGCUCAGCAAUCUACGCCGGAUACAAUGAGAGCCUACUGAUCUUGAACCGCAUCCGGAACAACGUGGACUGUCAGGGGACGCUGGACACCUCGGUGGCUCCUCCUGUAGUGAGAUUCAGCUUCCCCAUCAGAGAAGGAAAUGUCUGUGGAAGUAACUUCUUGACCACAAGCGCACCAGGGACGGGAAUAUUCUCAGACUUCUCCAACAUCCAGACAGUCAACGUGAGCGGGGUGGUCCGAUCCUUUGACCCCACCAUAGAGCUCAAGUAUUACUACUCUUGUGCUUAUUCACUGGAGUAUCUCAUCAACAACACCCAGGUGGACAUGUCAUCCGCCUCCAUUGCUUUGAAGGACAACAAUGGGAGCUUCAUCAGCACCCUCAGCAUGACUUUAUACCAGGAUAUAAAUUACACCAUCCCUCUUGUCAUGCCACCUCGGGGCAUCGAACUGAGGAAGAAUGUCUAUGUGCAAGUGGUUGCAUCCAAUCUGACAUCGCAGUACUUUGUUCUUCUGGACCGGUGCUACGACUCGGUGUCCCCGCAGCCCUCCAACUCCACCUUCUUUAAUCUUUUUGUCUCGUGCUCCAUAGAUCAGCUCACCACCAUGCUGGAGAACGGGGACAGCCAGAAGGCUCAUUUCUACUUCCCAGUCUUCCGCUUCAUCGAACAGCAGAGUGAGACCAUCUCCACCUACUAUCUGCACUGCAUCACCCUACUCCGCGAGCAAAGCACCUGCAGCAUCUGCAAGCAAUGCAACAGGAACAAGAGGAGCAUGGAGACCACUGUCGUCCAGGAUAGCGUCACUAAACCAUCUGUGCUCACAGUUGCUAUAAAGGCCAAGACGCAGGACUCCAUUCUCUCCAAAGAAGAGGUGCUGUCUGCUGGCCAGUCUGACGGCAGGGCCGCCUCUGUUGGCCUGGGGAUUGCUGUGGCCGUCCUCGUUGUGAUAGGGGUGGUGGCCAUUUUGAUGGCGACGACUUUUUAUCGCAAACUGAAGCGGCUAAGCUAGCAGUAGCUCAUAAUGUGCAUGAAGUGAGGUCAGCGCAGGCUAAAUGGUAAUGAUGAGUUUGACAGGGUGACAUUCACAUUCGGGUAGAGGUGCAUAAUGUAUGUAUGUAUGUAGGACUCUGCUGUACUGAAUCAAACUAUUGAUCGGAGCACUUAAUGUUUCUUUCCAAUCCUUCACAGACUAUGGAAGGUGACGUCUGAAUAAUUCACCUAUCGUGAUGCUAUGCAUGUUAAAAAGGAAAGAAAGAAAGAAAGAAAGAAAGAAAGAAAGAAAGAAAGAAAGAAAGAAAUGUAGUUGAUAUCUUAAAGGAAUACUUUAACAUUUUGGGAAAUAUAUUCACUUAUCCUAUCUGGAACAUAAGAGUGCAGAUUUUUUGAGAAAAUUAAGUAAGAAUCUUACAGGCGCUGCUAUGUAAACUAUGCUUUUAGACUAAGCUAAGCUAACUAGCAACAUGUAUUAGUCUCAUCUAAAUCUCUGCACUGACGUAAAUAAACAUAUUUCCCACAAUGUCAAACUGUCCCUGAAAGUUACUGCUGGCAUCUAAGCCAAAAAAUGCUGCAAUAAAUUAAAAUAUUCACAUUUUCUAUCAUUAAAUUUUGACUCAGCGUGUAAAUAUUAUUUAAGUACAGAGACGUCUUGUUUUUUUUCGACAUUUAAAUAAAAGUCUACAUCUGUGUAUGAAUCAUUAACAUGACUGACAGAGACGGUGGAUUGUAACCAUUUCUACUCUGCGUGUGAUGGUUUUGUAAGCCAGAUCUGCCAUGUUGCAUGUUAUAUGUAAAUAAUGUGUGCCAUUACCAUGCAUUCUGUUGGUCACACAGACAGUGAGGAUUCAUUUUAAAGGAUCCAAAGGUAGCACACAAAAUGCAGCAAAGCCAAGAGAUUAAGUGGGUAACUGUAAUAAUUUAUUUGCCGAAUUUGCUUGUUUGAAUUUUGUAUUCAAGUCUGCAUUUUACCAGGGGAGUUUACAUAGUUUUAAUACUUGUAGUAAUUAUGUAACAUAUACUGCGGUGAUUGCUGCUGUGCAUAUUUGUGACAUUUUUGUCUUCAUGUCAAGCAUGUAUUACUAUUAAAGCUUUCAGGAUGUGAAACAAGAGAUGUCUUCCAACAGCAGACGCUCACCUGCGAUCAAAAUGUAAACUCUGCAUGCUGUGAACUGCAGUCCUGUGCUAGAGUGCAUCUUAUAGUUCACAUCAAAACAAUUCCUGACAUACAUAUAAAAGAUUAUCUGCAGGUGAAGGAAAGGGAUUCAAGAAGAGGAGUAAAACCUGGCGCACACACACACACACACACUCAUGUGCUGUUUUAUAACGAGACGAAUGUAGAUUGUGCAAAAGUGGAGCUGUUCAAUAUGAAUAUCUGUAUUUCAAAUUCAUGCUUUUUGGAUUUACCUUUGGCUUGAGGUUUGAUGUGCUUUGCUUUGGAAGCACAGAAGAUAAAAGGCAGUUUGUGGGGAGGUUUGCGGGGUGAUGCUUUUUGUCAUAAUCCUCCACUAGAGGGUGUCUAAUCACCAUUUUUUUCUUUAAUUUUUUUUUUUUUUUUUUUGAGGCUUGUGCUACAGUUCACCUGUUCACAACAGGGCCAUCAACUAAUACAUUUUGAUGGGAGUUUUCCACCUAGAUAUAACCAUUAUAAAAUCAAGAAAACAAAUUUCUAAAGCUUGAGUUAGGAUUACUUUUAUUGUUUUUAAAUCACCAUAAGCCUACCUCUCGUCAAAGCUACGUUAUACCAGCUUUCCUAAGGGCUGUUCCCUGUUUAUCUGGUCAUGAGAAGGUAAUGACUUUCUGAGUAACCCAGUGAAAAGUGACAUGUUUUUUCCUGUAAACCAUGAAAAAAACAAGCAAAGCAAUCAGGUGACUUGAUGAAUGAUCUAAUUACAAGUUCCUAUAUUGUUAAGUAGGCCAUGACAAACACCACGACAAGACGACCCACUUUGAAACAUGAUGGGGAUAAAUCAGCUGAGCUGGAAGGUAGUUCUCCAUUAGGACCUCGGUAACUGUAUGUUCGGGAUAAAUCCUCCUUUAUGAGCUCCCUGUAAUUUAAUUAAACCAACAGGGAUAAACGUGUGCUCUGUCGCUCUCUAAUGGUGUGGACAUUAACCUUUGGAUUCAGCUGCUUUGCCCUCUAAAAUGUUAAUAGCCGUGGGGGAACUGGAGUGACGAGCAGCUAAAAAUCUGUAUUGCUCUUGCCUAUGUUGCUCCUGACACUGCAUAUUUUAUUACAGCUUAUCAUUUUUUAAGUCCAGUCAUGUUGUGAUACAUUUUUGUGAGCAGCAUUUGUAUCGCUGCUUUUAAAAUGAUCUGCAAUAGACAUGAAAUCUGUUUGAGAAUUAAUUUGUGCUCCUUUUUUGUAUUGGCUUUAACGUUUUGGCCGCUUUUGUCCUCAGCUGAAAGAAUAAUUGUCCUGUCAUCUCCACUCUAAUUAAUAUGCACAUGAGUCUGUCUGUAGGCCAUACAUUAGGUUUAGUAGACAGCACAAUCAUGAAAAAUUGAUGGAGCAGCUGUAAUUUAGGGCAGGCAUAUGAUCAUGAAGACUCCUGGAAUAUGAUGACUUUGAAUAAACAGUGUCAGAGUCUUGUUAAUGGUCUGAUGUGAUGUGCUAAUGUGGUUUGAAAGAAAGAAAGAAAGAAAGAAAGAAAGAAAGAAAGAAAGAAAGAAAGAAAGAAUGAUGGGAUGGGUUCAGGGCAGGUAAAUGUAGAAAACUUUACAAAGGUAAAACUGGACUGCUGAGCAGGCGAAGUCACGCUGGAAGGUCCGGCUGUUCCAUUAACCUUUUGUAAUGAAACAGUGAAGCUGGGAAACUGGGCAAAAUGUAAUGUCAUGUUCACGUCAUAUCAGAGGAAGCACUACAAUGAGAGAACAGGACAGCCUUUCUUUACCCAAUUCUGCAUGUGUUUGACAGAGUUAUUCAACUUUUUUGGAAGUGCAAUUAUUUAGUUUCUUGCUGUGAGAUAGGCGGAUGAGCAGAUGGUCGCCAUGCCUGUUAGCUGAACUAACGGCUCAGCUGGAACUGAAACUGUCUAUACCAAAAUCUGCCUAACAGCACCUCUAAAACUUACAAACUAAUCACAUAUCCCCUUUGGAUUUUUUAGGAUACAGUCUGGUGCACAAACCCUUAAAAAAACAUAGUUUAGUCAGCUCUCUGACUAGGUCUAGUGCCUUUUCUUACUUACUGAGUCAUCCGAGCUAAGCUAAGCUAACUCCUAGCAUCAAAUUAGCAGUAGCUAACAGACAUUUAGAUCAGUGGUGUCAAUCUACCUCUCAGCAGCAAAUCAAAUAAGUGUAUUAUUGAGAUGCAGCUUUGAAUAGAG